CAUUGAUGUGAAGAUUGAAGAGGAGGACAAGGCGCUGCUUUUGUUGGCUUCAUUGCCUUCAUCUUUUGACAACAUCGUGACCACGCUUUUGUUUGGAAAAGAGACCUUAAAAUUUGAUGAAGUAGUUGCUGCGUUGUUGAUGAACGAGACUCGGCGGGGUGGCAACGGGGUAUCAAAUGACGGUCAAGCUUUGGUAGCAAAAGGAGCUGGUCGGGAACGAGGACGGUCUAAAGAGAGGGGCGGCGCGUCCCAACGCUUCAAAUCGAGUAGUAAAAGCUUUCGGUGUUACUACUGCGAUGAAGAGGGUCAUUUCAAAAGGGAUUGUCCAAAGAGGAGGAAUGAAAAGAAGGACGGGAAAACACCCGUGACUGCGGUUGCAGAAAGUUCGAACCAAGAAAUUAAGGAAAAGUUUGAUACCUAUCAAACUUGUGAUGGGGGUGCUGUGAAGAUGGCAAAUGGUGCACGGAGCAAAAUUGCAGGGGUCGGAACAGUGCAAGUUCGCAUGUUUGAUGGCGUGGUGAGAACAUUAUCUGGAGUGAAACAUGUACCGGGUCUAAAAGGAAAUUUGAUUUCAUUGGGGGCUUUAGACUCAGAAGGCUACCGAAUUUUUGCUCAAGGUGGAGUGUUAAAAAUUUCUAGGGGAGCAAUGGUGGUAGCAAAAGGAGUUUUGUCAAAGGGCUUGUAUAAACUUGUGGGAAAAGAUUUGACACAGAAGUUGUCAGAAAGAAAAAUUACAAGUGCAACGAGCGGAGCUUUUGCAUGGAAGAAGCAGGUGACGUUUAAAGUUUCUCCCGCUGGUGGAAGCUGUGACCUCGCCGGAACGAGCUAGGUGGAGCUGGACCAAGUUUUAUUAUUUAAUCAAGGUGGAGUUUGUUG